CGGCUCAAAGAGCCUUUAGCAGCUGCUGAGCUGUUCAAUCAGUUUGGCUCUGGAAAUACUGAGCUAGAGUCAGAUCAGAUGUACAAAGAGCCUGCAAGCAAAGUUACAUGACUAUAAACUCGGUAUGAGAGGAGAGCGAGCAAAACAGAACAGAAGACAAAGGCACGAUUUGCUCACUGUUAACAAUGCCUCUGUAACAUCACAGGCUAUCUCUGAGCUAUAUUUUCCACUGCAUUGCUGGCUUGCAAAACUUUUAAUGGAACAAGUUUUUCUGGCAGAAGAACACUGAUUUUUAUCUUUAAUGAGCAGCCUCUCUAUCAUUUAGCUUCAGGAAACAGCUUCCUGGUUGUAAACUGCUUGAGAGUGCUGACAGCCAGUCAACUUCAAAAGCAGCCAGGAGAAACUUUCUCGCUAACUUUGGGAAGGAAUUCAAAAAUGCUGAAAGGUGCAGAUGAUGUUGUUAUGGAGCAGGAGGACUCUGCUUCCCGACGUGGAGAAAUGACAAGUUGGGAUAUCAAUGACAUCAAACUUCCCCAGGAUAUAAGACAGAUAGACUGGUUUCAAGAAUGGCCAGAUUCCUACGUAAAACAUAUCUAUAGCUCAGAGGAUAAAAAUGCUCAGAGGCACCACAGCAGCUGGGCAAUGAGAAACACCAACAACCACAACUCUCGCAUCUUAAAAAAGUCCUGCCUUGGGGUGGUGGUCUGUGGUAACGACUGCUCGACCUUGGAUGGGAGGAAGAUCUACCUAAGACCAGCCAUAUGUGAUAAAGCUAGGCAAAAACAACAGCGGAAGUGUUGUCCAAACUGCAAUGGACCCCUGCGGCUCCUUUCCUGCCGAGGCCAUGGUGGUUACCCAGUUACCAACUUCUGGAGGCAUGAAGGCCAAUUCAUAUUUUUUCAGUCCAAAGGAGCUCAUGACCAUCCACGUCCAGAAACAAAACUAGAAGCAGAAGCAAGAAGGUCAAUCCAAAAAGCACAGAUGGCUUUUUCUCCAUCUUCUCCAAGAUUAAAAAGAAUCCGGGAGAUUGAGUCUCUGACAGGUGCAAUGCCAACGCGGGAGGCUUUGCUUCUUUCCAAGACGGACACUUACAUGCUACCUGCUAAUUUCGGGGCACAUUUAAGCAAAAGCUCCCAGGAGCCGAUGUUGGGCAGCUGCUCUGGGCAGCCGCCAUACCCAAGGGCAGCUGGGGAGGACGGGGCCCCUUUUCCCCAGCACUGCGCCCAGCCGGGCACCCAGCACAUCCUGCCCAUGACAAAGGGUGGCCAUGACCCCUUUAGGCCUAACACUGGCCCUUUGGGGGAUGAAUCCUGUGAGGAGAAAUCCCCGCUGGCCUACAGCGGCAGCUGCCUCCCUCCACCGCCAUACUCUGUGCCUCAGGGAGGCCCCUGCCCCACAGUGAGCGGGGCACACCACCACCGCCAGCUCUCGGUGCCUCCAAGGGGAAGCGAAGGAGACGGAGGCGAGGGAAAGCACCGUAUUGGUCUCAACUGCUGCAACGAGGACAUGUUUUUUAACCUGUACCCAUUACGGUGA